AUGAACGACAACGCACAUCCAUCGCGUAAGAUUCUUCUGGUCGUAACGACUGGAGGUUUCACACACGCCGCUCCCGUCCUCGAACUGGGUAGGGUUCUCUCCGAACGCGGUCACACAGUCGACUUUGCAACAAUGGAGGGCCAGGAGCACUGGACGGAAGAUUACCCUUUCAUUUCGCAGUUGCAUAUACUCGGCACCGGUCCGACCGACCAGCAACUAAAUGAGCACUACUUGAGGAUGCGUAACUGGGACAUGUCGGUUGGCCUCGCGGGCGCCAUGCCUUCGAAAUACAUGUUCGACUCCUUCUGGCCGGUGACUUACAUACACCUCAAGGCCAUCAUGGAAGAUCCCGCCCGUCGCCCCGACUUCAUCAUCGCCGACUUCUUUGUCGACGCCGUCAAAGACAUGCACUUCCAAUACCAAGUUCCCAUAGCCAUCGUUCAUCCACAAAUGCCGGUCUUGACGCUCCCCUGCAGCUACAUACCCGGUCAGCCGGGCUUCCAGCUUGAUGGAACACUCACCUCAGAGCACGCUCCUAUUUGGCUCCGUCUUAAGAACGAACUCGUGGUGAUCAAGGGCCUGAGAGAGAUCAUCCGCCUCUUCCGCUGGACGAGGCGAAUGCGUCGUGCCCAAGGCGUGCAUUACUCAAUCCCAAAUCCCAGUAAACCUGACUACCUGGUCUUCAUCAACUCGUUCUUUGGGCUGGAGGUCCCGCGCGACCUUCCGCCACUCGCCGCCGCCGUGGGUCCGAUACUGAGCGACACAUACCCGCCAUGCGACGCGCAGCACGCGCAAUUCCUAUCCUCCCGCAAUAGUGUCAUUUACAUCGCCUUGGGCACGCACAUCAUCCUCUCCAUGGCGGAUACCUCCAAAAUACUCGCCGCACUCUUCCGUCUCUUGGAGGAGUCCGUCAUCGACGGCGUCAUCUGGGCGGUGGGCCAAAGCGGCCGACAAGAUCUCGACCCAUCCGCCACCUUCACUUUUAUGCCUCCUUCUGCUGCCUCAUCAAAUCCGCUCGAGAAUGAAAAGCCCAGAGACGGAGAAGAGAUCAGUCUAGCUGAACUUUUAGCCGGACACCAUCCCGCCUUUCUCUUCCCUUACUUCGCGCCCCAGCGUGCCAUUCUCGACCACCCCGCCGUGCGCCUCUAUUUCACGCAUGGCGGCGGCUCUAGCGCCAACGAGGGGCUCUACCACGGCAAAUCGAUGCUGGCGAUGGGAAUUUUCUCAGACCAAAUCGCCAACACCGCGCGGCUGGUGCACGGUGGUGUUGCAGAGCCGCUGAACAAGUUCUCCUUCACAGCGGAGGAGGUCUUUGAGAAGGCGUGCCGGGUGCUUGAGGACGUGGAAGGCAAGUAUGCACGAGAGUCGUUACGGCUGCAGCGGAUCGCCCGGGUGGCGGCGCGCCGGAAGUACUUCGCGGCGGAUCUGGUGGAAGAAGUGCUGUAUGAUACCGAAUUGCGGAUGGUGGAUGGGAGAGAGGUUCGGCCCAUGCAUCUGCAGACAGCGGAUAUGAGGAUGCCGCUGUAUAAAGUGCGGAACUGGGAUCUGAUGGCUCUUGUUGGGGUGGGGUUGGCGGGCUCGUUGGGGACGGUUACCGUGCUGGCGCGGCUGGUGUGGCAGCAUCGCAUGGUGGCGAGGGGAUUUGUGUCUGAGCUAUUGGAAAGGGUUGGGACUCAGUAG